UACAGUUUAAGACACAAGAAUAUACAUCUAAAACCUUAUUUUCAAGUUUCAAUUGCUAUGCAGCUGAAGCAAUUGUUUUGUUGUGGAGGUCGUACAGAUAUGUAAUAGAUAAGCCACACUGGUAUCUAUUGGUCUGAGAGCUAGCUAGACAGGAAAGAAUAUAUAUCCAAAACCUUCCUCCAAGUUUCAAUGGCUUCUUCGUCAACCCCUAAUUCAUCUUCUAAAAAGUACCCAUUCCCAUUAGGGAUCAAAGUGACAGACAUUUUCUCUUUCAAACUCUCUGGAGAGAAUUACGUUACGUGGAAGCCGCUGAUGAUUGGUCUGAUCAAGAGUCAAGGAUUAAUUGGUUUCAUCAAUGGUGAAGUUUCCGCACCACCUAAAAGAAAAGAGAUCCCCUGGGAGUACGGUUUCAUCCCCGAGUACCCCCGCAGAACAAUAGAGAUCGAGAACCCGGAUUACGAGGCUUGGGAAAGAACAGAUGCUCUGCUGCGAAGCUGGAUUUUGGGGACGGUCAGUGAAGAUUUGCUUCCAAACUUGGUGAGAUUGGAAACUGUCAAAGACAUGUGGACUAUCUUAGAGGAGGUCUUAACUCCCAAAGAAACUACAAUCAGCUGGAACGAGAUUGCUUAUCGAAGACAUUUGGACCCACUGACGAAGGCUGCAAGGGAAGGUGACUGGAGGAGUGCGAGAGGGUUUCUGAGAAGAGAAUAUCAUGAGCUCAGCUACCCCAUCUUUGCUCUACUGAACCUAGCAAUCGUGUUUAAGACGGAAAUCCAUUUCGUGGAGAAAGUGUUGGAGAUCGCGCCACGAGAUGCUUUGAUACGAUCUGAUAGUGAGGGCUUCACAGCUCUACACUAUGCUGCAAUGGCUGAUCACAUCGAGGCAGCAAAGUUGUUGGUGGAAAAGAACCCAAUAUUGCCCAAUCAUACCAACAAUAAACAUUUAUUACCUGUGCACUAUGCUGCUAUGUCAGGCCGAAGGAGGACGUUUCUUUACUUAUGGGAUCGAACCAACAAAGAUAUGGCACUCGAGGAUGACCGUGGUGCUAUUCUUAUUAACGGUCUAAUACUUGGCAAUAACUAUGAUAUAGCUCUAUCGAUGAUUAAUAGCAACCCCGAGUUAGCAUGGAUAGCAAGCGACCCGGCACUGAAAGCAAUCACUCUCAGAAAAUCUUCAUUUCGAAGUGGAGCGCACUUAAAUUUGUGGCAACGCUUCAUCUACUCUUAUGCCCCCCCAAAGAUGGAAGACUCAGCCUAUCCAAGUAGUCUUCGAGGAGACAAUGAGAAUCCAGUCAAUAGCUUCGCUUCUUUUCUGGCUUAUGUGAAGCAAAAGUUGAAUGGUGUAUUUUGGAAACUCACUGAAAUGUUCGUGCCACAGAUGAAGUACAUUAGAGAGAUAAAAAGAGAACAUACUCAAGCACGUCAGCUCGUCAAACAUCUGUGCCAGAAUAUUGAGAUGUUAGGCCCUUUUCGAGCAGAGAAUAUAUUAGAACAAUCCUUAAUAGCUGCAGCCAAAGUUGGGAUUUCUGAAGUUGUUGAAGAGAUUUUUGCAAUAUUUCCUGAAGCUUCCAAUUUUACAAAUGUGAAAGGACAAAACUGGUUCCAUAUUGCAAUUUUGAACCGCCAUGAAAACGUAUUUAACCUUAUUUAUCAAGUCCGUGAUCACAUGAGAGAUAAAGUUUUAUUCAUGGAUUUAUUCAAUACGUCCUAUCUAGAUUUGGUCGCAUGUUUGAAAAGUGAGCAAAUAAUCAAUAUUAGAGCUGGUGCAGCCAGUGCAGCUAUACAAAUGCAGCGGGAAUUGCUGUGGUACGAGGAAGUCGAAAAGUUGACAUUUAAAUUGUUCAGAGGCCCCUCAAAUUAUGAAAUAGCAUCGCGAAGAAUGGUCUUUAGUGAGACACACGAGCAGCUGAUCAAAGAAGGUGAGGUAUGGAUGAAACACACGGCCAAUUCAUGCAUAAUUGUAACAAUUCUCAUUAUCACUAUAGUGUUUGCAGCCGCCAUCACAGUACCCGGCGGAAACAAUAGCGACGGCCAUCCAAUUUUCUACAAAAAUAAAGCUUUUUUAACCUUUGGUAUAUCAGAUGCAGUUGCUUUUUUCUCAUCUACUUCUUCUCUACUGACGUUCUUGUCAAUCCUUACUUCGCGCUACACUGAAGAAAAUUUUCUCAAAGUCUUACCAAGGAGAUUAAUUAUUGGUUUGAUAACCCUGUUCAUCUCCAUAAUAUCCAUGGUUAUAGCCUUUGGUGCCAUCCUCUAUCUUGUGUUUGGAGAUAGGAAACCAUGGAUUCUUGCCCCUAUUACCGCACUAGCCUGUGUACCUGGGAUCCGGUUUGUGUCAUCGCAAUUUCCUCUUCUUUUUGACAUGGUCAAAUAUACCUAUCGCAUUGGCGUUUUUUGUAAGCAGAGUGAUUGUAAACUCUUCGUAAUAUAAUAGAGAAGGGAAAUAAUUUAAAAACUUGUAUGUCUGCCAAUUUGAAUCAAUCAAUUUGAUUGAAUUAAAUUGACAUUUUGUUCGCAGUGAGAAUUCAUAAAUGUUGUAUGUUAGAAAGCUUUGGCACAUUGCUGUUAUUAAUGCUACAAUAAAUAAUUUGAAGCCACGUUUGGA